UUUUGGUAUGGGUGGGUGGGGGUGGGGGGGGGGGUCAGGGCGUAUGUGUGCUUGACGAUUUCUUUUACCAUGCUAAGUCAUUGCUUCUCGAUCAUACAUUUUUCAUUGUUGAAUGUAGUUUUGUAUGUUUUGCUCUGUGAAAUUAUUCACUCUUCUUGUACCUUUUCCCACCCUCUAAGUGAAAUCAUCCAAUUUAUCAGUUUUCUUUUAUCAAUUACAACUUUACCAGAAUGGACACCGGCUACACUUCGCCUUCAACCUGUGCAGAAUACUACCAGCUUGGCUACAUGGUUUCGGGGAGGUACAGGGUGGACACGGACUACCAUGUCUGGUGUAGUAUGGAAGGGCGCGCCAUGUGCAAAGGCAGCCUGUUCCAAGGGGCCGCGUUCCUCCUCUCUGGCAUGACAACACCAGAUCCUGACCCUGAUUUCGUGGACAUGUUGAACAACCUGUCGCCUUAUAUUGACCCGCCGACACCCUUCUACGAGACUACUACAGGUGUUAUAGAGGUGGCGUUCGACCACGCUGUGUUGGUCCGGAGCGUGAAGAUCUGGGGCGAUCCUUACAAUGAUGGUCUAGUGAAGGCGUUUCGAAUUUCCUACACGUAUGAGGACGAAGCAAUAUAUAACAUCACGCAGAAUUCCGAGUACCAUUUUUCGGACGUGGAAUUCGGAAGCCCCACGACCCUCUACACGGACUUCGUGGCCGAGAAUGCGACCAACACAACGUCCUCUCCAGUGGACGAGGCACCAGUCUUCAAGGAGAUCAAGCUGAGGCCCUUCGUUGCGCAUUCCAUUAAAAUUACAGUGGUGGAGCCCGUAGGAUCUGCACGACUGAAACUGGACAUGGUGGGUUGCAAAUAUGACAUCGAUACCGAAGUGGCGAACCGCCCAGGUUAUGGACACGGCUGUUACUUAUUCAGAACCGAGCAAGUAACUCAGGACCACUUUGAUCCCGAGGCUGAGUACAUUACAGGCCGAUGGCUUGCGACUGAAGAAGAUUACAGGAGACAUGUCCAUAGCAAUAUCAAGGCGUUACCCAUAGGAAAAAGUGGAGCCUGCGGUGGCAUACCCUACUGUUCCUUGCUCGACACGAUGCUUAUAAACACAGGACAAUCGCGGAACUGUGACGAGACACCGAUACAGGAAGAAAUCAAUGAUCUCUACGCUGGACUGAUUGAUUAUGCGAACUGUACAGUCACGAUGCACGAAACGUUUUCGGACGCGGCAUGGGUUGUCGAGACAAAAUUCCACCGCAUCUGCCCCUCCAAGACUUACGCCAUGUUCCAGUGGGCAUACGAACACUAUCUCAACCUGUCGAAGAAAUGCAUCGAGGACCAUGGGCUCAGUGAAACGCCUAUUCCGGUAAGAAACGAGACAGACAAGUGCCUGCCUACUGAACCUGGAGAGUAUAUAUCAGUAGGCUUACACUGGAGAGGGCAUGUUGAUGACCAAUGUCGCUUCAGCUUUCAAGACGAGGCCUAUCAAAUGUUUCCGAACCAGACUUUUUCCUUUCGUCACUCGUGGCAUUUCCACCAACUAGGAGGCGGUGAGCGUUACGUCGUGGGGAGGAGCGUCGGGGUCACGUGCGAGUGCCCUAUGACGACCGUGGCGCCGGGGAACAGGGACUACCUUAUAUGUCUGCCGGAUUUCUCCUACUAUUACCAGACUUUUCAGGGAUGCGUUAAACGAAAGUGUGACGGAGACCUACUACCCAGUCCACCUACCGACGGGUCCUCAGACUGGGACAAUAAGACUGUCGAAGUCGAUACCAUGGUCACUUACCGGUGUCCCUAUCGUCAUAUGUUUCAGGUUGAAAGUGUGCAGGUACCAACAAUCGUCAGUAUGUGUCGGUGUGAUGAGAUUUGGAAUGUAACCUCACUGCCGAUAUGUGUUUUUAAUAGCACGAUUCCGCCAUCGACAACAACUACCACCAGCACGACGACCACCGUCACUACCUCCAUCACCACUACCACUACCACGACCACUGACUCUGCACCUACUUCUACCACAACACUCGCCGCCAGUGAUACUAGUUCAGUGCAGUCUACAAGUAUUUCCUCUGAAUCGACUGCAAAUCCAUCUCCUCCCACAAUAACAAGCUAUACAACAGAAACGACUAAUUACACGGGAACGAUUGAUACUAAUGCAACAACGGCUGAGGGAACAGGAACCACUGACGCUGCAACAAGCAACAUGACAGCAACCACGUCUGAAACCACUUAUAUUGUUAACAUGUCGGUGGAAACGACGAGUGAAGGUUAGUUUUCGCAUUUCAUUAUUUUUUGUUUUAUCUCUAAAAUUCUCCAGGUAUUAAAGGCCUACACACA